CAAAAAUGAUCAUCCCACUUUUAUGCACAAACUGUCAUUUAAUAUAACAAAACAUGGCGAUUGUACGAUAUCUCUGGCUAGUAAAUAUAUCUUUUUUAAUAAUAAUAUUAUGCAGUAAUGGAGAAAAAUCGUAUCACGCCGUGGUAGUAAUUCACGGGGUACUUACUGGCAGUGAUAGCAUGGAACUUAUCAGUAACAGAAUAGAAGAAAUGCAUCCUGGAAGUCAGGUUUAUAAUAUUAUUAGAUUUGCUGGUUGGGAAAGCUUGAAACCUAUGUGGCGUCAAGUAGAAGAAAUAGGAAUGGAUGUUAUAUCUAUAGGUGCAGCUUUUCCUGAAGGAAUCAAUUUGAUAGGCUAUAGUCAAGGAGGUUUACUUGCUAGAGCUAUUUUACAGAGAUUUCCUCAACAUAAUGUAAGGAAUUUUAUAUCGUUAAGUUCGCCUCAAGCAGGACAGUAUGGAACUCGCUUCCUACAUUUAUUCUUUCCAAACUUGGUAUGUGAAACAGCCUAUGAAUUGUUUUAUUCUAAAGUUGGACAGCUCACAAGCGUAGGGAACUAUUGGAAUGAUCCACACCACCAGGAAUUAUACCUCAAGUACAGCAAAUUUUUGCCAUAUGUGAAUAAUGAGGAAACCAAUAAAAUUGUCUUCAAAUCGGGCCUUGCAAAAUUAAACCGUAUGAUACUCAUUGGCGGUCCAGAUGAUGGUGUCAUUACUCCUUGGCAAAGCAGUCAAUUUGGAUACUAUGAUCAAAAUGAAACGGUCGUCGAAUUACGCAAUAGAUCUAUUUAUCAGGAUGACCUGAUUGGUCUUCAAACUCUAGACAAAGAGGGAAAAUUGAAUAUUAUUACUGUCCCGGGAAUACCUCAUUAUGGAUGGCACAAAAAUAUAUCGAUAAUAGAUGAAUUUUUAUUGCCAUAUUUAGAUUAAAGAACAUAUUACUAAUCAAGUUAAAUUAAUAUUGGUAACAAUUCCUAAUCGCUAUUA